AAUAAAGCCCUAUGGAGAUGAUUUUAGCAAGAAGCAGAUGAGAAUAUGGAAAGAAAGUGAAAGUGUUAGAAAAGUUCACGAGGAUUUGUAUAUGCAAGCGUACACAAAAAAAUGCCAUUUGGACUUAAUCAGUAUUGGAGGUUAUAUUCAACGAGAAUUACCUUUUGACGAAAAUUGA